AUGCAGCAAACGAGUGAUACUACUGUGGAGCGACCAGCGAGCACAUCUGGUCUCCAGUUCCGACUUCACCCGACCUCCGAGGCGGAGCGGGUGGGCGUAGCCCAGGUGGCGCAGCUCCUGCCCAGCGGCGCCUCUGCCGGCUCUGGGCAGCUGAGCGCGCAGCUGAGCGGCACGCUGAGCGCGCUGGACAUGCUGAUGGAGCGGGUCCGCAGCGUGCACAGCGUGAUGCAGCGCAUGGCGGCGGGGGAGGUGCCCUUCGACGCCGACGUCGCCCGGGGGGCGGCCGCGCUGGCUUCGGGGCUCCCGGCCCUGGGCGACCUGGCGGCCCUGCGCCAGGAAGUUUCAGGCGAGGCCGACGUGCUCAUGAUGGUGCUAGCUGCCGCGGUGACCAAGGGCUCCGGAGCAGGCACGUCGGGAAUGAUCAACAGGUACAAUCUGGCCUACGAUCGGACUGGUGCUGCCGGCAUCAGCAAGCGCCUGACCGUGCCUCCCACGGGGGGCGCAACCCGCUCGCCCUCAGAGCCGCUGAUCACCCCCUGA